AUGCGGCGGGAUGCUUUCUCGUGGAGUAAUGUGGCGAACUCCGCUCGCCUAACGAGCAGUUGGGAUGAUGGGCUGAACCUCUUGAAGCAGGUGAGGUGUGCAUCCAUGCAGAUGCAUUUGUUCACAAGCAGCACUCUAAUAACUACGGCAGAGAAGGCCAACAGAUGGCGAGAAGCUUUGGAUAUCUCAACUUGGAUGCUCCGCAAAGAUCUUGAGCUUGAUGCGAUUUCCACUUCUUCCGUGAUCAGUGCUUGUGCUGGUGGCCAGGCAUGGGCCCAUGCACUCCUUAUGUCUCACCGCAGCAGCUCAAUUGUGGCACGCAAUGCUGCAUUAAGCGCCUGUGAGCGAGCAAGGCGAUGGGAGAGGACCUUCUUGCUGCUGGACCUGGCAAUUGCAGCUUCCAUCCGCCCGACCACCAUCUCCUUUAAUGCCGCCGUAUCUGCAUGCGAAAAGGCCCGCCACUGGGACUUGUCGCUGGAGCUUUGUGUUUGGCUGCAGAAGCAAGGCGUCCGUGCCAGCUUGGUGACUCUCAACUCGGUGAUCAGCAACUGUGAGCGCUCACAGAAAUGGGACUGGUCACUGGAGUCCAUUGCAGAACGAUUGGCAAGUGUCCCUGACCUCAUCAGCUUCAAUGGGACCAUGCGGUCUGAUCGUUGUGAUCCAGAUGCUGUCUCGCUUUCGUCUGCCGUAAGCGCUUUGGACCUGAGAUGUGGGGACCUCAACUGCUCAUGCAUCGGUGCCUCGACACAAAUGUUGGCACACAGGCUGGCCCAAAGCACCGCUGCCAUGCAUGCGUGUGCUGCGUCAACCAGCUGGCAGCAUGUCCUGGGUGUGAUGGCUUUCAUGCAGAUGAUUGGGGUGAGGCAGAACUGUGUGACGUUGCAUGUCACUUGGCAAGUCUUUUCAUGCCCUGAGUGGCUCCCUUGCUGUUUGAAUCCGGCUGCCGCCCCAGCUCUCGAGCAUCGACACGGCAUGGCGGAGAGCCAUGGCUAUCUCGCAUCAACCGGGCUGCAACCAGUGAGCGCUGUGACAUCAACCUUGACACCUGCCGAAGAGAAGGAGUUUGGAGGAACGAACGGUUCUUCGGCGCCUUCGCGUGCUAAAAAGACAGGUGCCAAAGGUCCAGGAAGUGGAGAAUUCACCACAGCCAAGGAAGUGCGGGAUACCUUCGUGAAUUUCUUUAAGGGGAAGAAGCACGACUUUGUGCCAUCGUCACCGGUGGUCCCUCACAAUGAUCCAACGCUGCUGUUCAUCAAUGCAGGCAUGAAUCAGUUCAAGCCCGUCUUUGUGGGUCAGGUUGAUCCUAGUCACCCAUUUGCAAAGUUGAAGCGGGCGGCAAACUCCCAGAAAUGCAUUCGUGCGGGUGGCAAGCACAAUGACUUGGAAGAUGUGGGCAAGGACGUCUAUCACCAUACCUUCUUUGAGAUGCUGGGCAAUUGGUCCUUUGGCGAUUACUUCAAGGAGGAGGCUAUCACAUGGGCGUGGGAGUUGCUGACUGAGGUUUAUCAUUUGGAUCCUGAUCGGCUCUAUGCCACCUACUAUGGCGGUGAUCCCAAGCAGCCAAGUGUUCCCGUGGACGAGGAGGCCAAAAACAUUUGGUUGCGAUAUUUGCCGGCAUCUCGAGUUUUGCCCUUUGGCAUGAAGGACAACUUCUGGGAGAUGGGUGACACAGGGCCCUGUGGACCUUGCUCCGAGAUUCACUAUGAUCGAAUCGGAGGCAGAGAUGCAGCACACUUGGUGAACAUGGACGACCCUGAUGUGCUGGAGAUUUGGAACAAUGUCUUCAUGCAGUUUGAGAGAAAAGAGGGUGGCACUUUGAUUGAGCUUCCAGCGAAAAGUGUUGACACAGGCAUGGGCUUGGAACGAGUUACAUCUGUCCUUCUGGAUGUGCGUAGCAACUACGACACCGAUUUGUUUCAGCACAUUUUCAAGGCAAUCAAGGAGAAGACAAACACCACCAAAACGUAUGGAGGAAAGGUCGGCGAAGAGGACAAGGAUCAUGUGGAUAUGGCCUACCGGGUCAUUGCUGAUCAUAUUAGAACACUGACGAUUGCGCUCACAGAUGGUGCCACUCCCUCGAAUGAAGGCCGGGGCUACGUUUUGCGUCGAAUUCUGCGACGUGCAGUUCGUUUUGGUCGUGAGAUUCUUGAUGCGCCUCCUGGUUUCUUCCAUCAACUCGUUGACUCAGUCCUUGAGACUCUGGGAGAUGCCUUCCCUACUUUGAAGCAAAACCCGGAGGAUGUGAGGGCGAUCAUUAAAGAGGAAGAAGCCCAAUUUGGCAGGACCUUGGAUCGUGGAAUCAAGCAGUUCAAAACCUUUGCGAAGAAGGGCAACAUCACGGGAGAGGAUGCAUUCUUGCUCUUUACCACCUACGGCUUUCCUGUUGAUUUGACGCAAUUGAUGGGCGAAGAACUCAAGGUUGAGGUGGACAUGCCUGGCUUUGAAAAGAAGAUGGCAGAGUUUAGAGAAGAUUCAAAGAAGAAGAAGUCUGCUAGAACAACAAAGGAUAUGGAGCUGAAAGCAAAUGAGACAGACAAGCUUAUCAAGGGUAUGAAGCUGACUCCGACCGACGACACGAUCAAGUAUGAUUGGAACACUGAGGGCGAUGGCAACGAGCACACCGCCAAAGUCCAAGCCAUCUAUGACGGCCAGGAGUUUGUGCAGAGCUGCAACAGUGGUACCGAUGUCGUCGGGCUGGUGCUGGACAAAACUCCUCUUUAUGCAGAGCAGGGAGGUCAAACCUUUGACAAGGCCACCAUUACGUGUGGAAGUGUGGAGUUCACCGUUGACAAUGCCCAGAAAUAUGCUGGCUAUGUGUUGCACGUCGGCCAAGUGGAAAGCAAGGGGGACUUGAAAGUUGGUGACCAGGUGACCAUCAAGGUCGAUUACACUCGGCGUUCAUUGGUCGCGAAAAACCACACUGCGACCCACAUCCUGAACUAUGCACUUCGCCAAGUGCUGGGAGAAAAGGUGGAUCAGAAGGGAUCCCUGGUGACGGAGGAUAAGCUGCGAUUCGACUUCUCUCACACCAAGCCAGUUGACGUGGCCGAGUUGAGGAAGAUUGAGGAGAUUUGCAACCAGAUGAUCCAGAAGUCUUGUGUGGUGCACUUUCGAGAUGUUGCUCUUGACCGUGCAAAGGCAAUCACAGGUCUCCGAGCAGUCUUUGGCGAGACUUACCCAGAUCCUGUCCGUGUGGUGAGCGUGGGGCCAAAGAUCGACGACUUGCUCGCUGACAAGAAAACACCAUGGGGAUUGGAGAGUAGUAUUGAGUUUUGUGGUGGCACUCACGUGUCCAACAGUAAGGAAAUCUACAAGUUUGUCCUGCUUCAGGAGGAGGGUAUUGCCAAAGGUAUUCGCAGAAUAGUUGCAGUCACAGGGCCACAGGCAGCAGUCGAAGCAACGCUCAAAGCGAAGACUCUCAGUGUUGACCUGGAUGGCUUCAAAGGAAUGUCACCGGGAAAUGAGCUUGACAAGUGCAUCGGCGACCUCCGCAGAAAAGUGACAGAGGACAAAGAGGUAUCUCUCCUCAUGAAAUCCGACCUCCUCACAGAGUUGGAGGGACUGGCAAAGGGAUCAUUGAAAGCAGGGAAGGAACAGACCAAGAAGUUUGAAGGAAAGGCAAAGGAGGAUGGCGAAAAACUUGGAAAAGAGGCUGCAGCUGCUUCGGGCAACAUCUUUGUUGGGGUGGUCCAAGCUGGUGCCGGCUGCGAUGACGCCAAGGUGUUGACACCGGCAAUGGACGCAGCAACAAAGCAGUGCUCUGACAAGGCCAUAAUGCUCAUGAGCAACAUGGGUGGCAAGUUGGCAAUCCUUGCAGUGGUGCCAAAAGCAUUGUCUGGAAAGGUGUCAGCAAAGGCCUGGUCCAACAAGGUUUUGGAUGCAAUCGGCGGCAAGGGUGGUGGAAAGGAUGACAAGGCUCAAGGGCAAGGUGAUGCAUCGAAGCUGGAUGAAGCGCUUGCGGCGGCAAAGGACUUUGCCUGA